AUGGAAUGUGCCGAGGAGGGGAUAUGCUUGGAUGGGUUGUGUCAGCAAUGCCGCGGCCUAACUGGCGGUCUCCAAAUGAUGCUGUCAAACAGUAUGGCCGGAACAUUGGCCGGAGAUGCUUGUCUUUGCUGCAAACGCCAUGUAACCAACAUCAAAUCCGCUGUAGCUUGCGUUGGGUGCAAAAAAUUCACGCACUUCGAGUGUGACCCGAUGGGGAUGCUCUCGCCAAAAGACUACAAAUGCAAGGGAUGCUCGAAAUAUCCUUUGGUAGCCGAUCGUCUGCUCUCCUCAUCUUCCAACGAACCGACCAGCCCAUUCGUCACCACACCCCAACAACCGUCAAUGCCGGAGAAUCGACUUGCUGAGGAAUUCACAGCGGCCGUCACUUCGCAUCAAGAUUUGCAGCGAGUACCCGAAGAUUUGUAUCAACUUCCGGCACCCGUUUCGAGGAACCAGACGCAAAGUGAGCCUAAUCCUGAUCACCCCGGCCCGUCGCCAAGCGCCGAAUCGGAAAGCGCCCGAGCUUCGCCCUUCUUCCAGCCGAGCGACGACGAGGAGGAGUUCAAACCGCCUGGCUCUCGUACCUAUCAACCACGCGGUCGUGGCCGCGGACGAGGAAGUAGAGGAAAGAAGCCUGGAAGUAGAGGAGGAGGAACUGCUGGAUUGUCGACUAUCGACUUGAUGAAGACGAGGACCGGAGGACAACCACCCAGUGGAAUAUAUGGAGACAAACUUGGACAGGGAACGCGCGGAAAGCGCGGAAAGGGCAGCCGUGGAUCCUAUGGAGCCCGUGGAAGUAAGGGCACAGGAACGCGAGGAAGAAGAGGAAGAGGCCAAUUGGCGGCGGGUGCCCUCUCAGGGAAUGUGAUGCAACAUCUCACCGGCAUGAGCUUCACCGCUACUCGGGAAGUUGAUGAGCAACUCCUCGAAGAGUUCGAAGAAAAGCAAGAGACUACGAUGGAAUACGUCCGUACAGCGCUGGUGUGCCCGGUCAAUGACGAAUUCCUGAGCAAGGCCAUCAUUUGUUUGAUCUGUGGAAGUACCGGAAAGGGAGAAGAGGCCUCAUUUAUCUGCUGCGCCAAUUGCGCCCAGGCCUACCAUACCUACUGCGUUGGCGUGCAUGAAAAGAUUCGCGAGACACACGUGAAUCGCGGGUGGCGCUGUCUCGACUGCUCGAUUUGUGAGGGAUGCGGUGAUGGGAAGGAUGAGAGCAAGCUGUUGCUCUGUGACGAAUGCGAUACCUCCUACCAUAUUUACUGCUUGGAUCCACCUCUUCAGAAAAUUCCCGAUGGCCCGUGGCGCUGCAAGUACUGCUCGAAGUGCAGGAGAUGUAAUCUGCCCGUGCAGACAAUGUCGGAGCUGACGAAGGAGGGACUGUGCCAUGCUUGUUCCUCCUUGAGGAAGUGUACCAGAUGCAAGAAGUUAUACCAGCUGAAUGAGCCUCUAAUCCACUGUGACAAUUGCAAUCGAUGGUUCCACGGUCGUUGCGAGGGCUUAUUCUCCACAGAAGACCUCGACAACGCGGUCACGAAUCGAAUGAAAUGCAUCGACUGUCGGCCAAUGUCUCGAUACUACGGUCAAUCAUACGGUGCCCAGGGCCAGCAAAUGCUCGUCGUCGAUAAUGUCAUUUUGCAUCGAGAAGCCGAAGAAAUCCUGAAGUCCCCGUUUGUACCCCCGCAAUUCCGGCCGGAUCAUACGCCGGGGCCCGCGCAGAGGAGCGGAUCGUUUGAUUUCUGGAGCAACGUAGACGACGACUACCACGAGGAGGUUGAGGUGCCGACUAAAGACGCAUACCCACCCAAUAUCCAGGAGGGCUUCUUUGGAUUCCCGGGAGUCGAGGGCAAGCAUUUGAUCGAUGUUCAUGUCGAAGAGCCGCGCCUCAACGAAUAUACCGUAACUGGGCAACCCCUGAAAGCUGAGAGCGGAAUGUUGAGCGCCGAGCAGACGUUGCAGUUGCAGCACAACAUUGACGAAGAAGGCGUCCUCGAAAACUUCAAUUUCGACAGCGUCGACGACUUGGAGGAGGACUUCGACUUUGACCUGUUGCUGGAAGAAUUUGAUCAGGAAGAAGAUACACAGACAGAAGAUGGAAUUGCCGAGGAUCUGAAGGAUGCGUUCGAUUUGGUGAAGACGGAGAUCAAGAGCGAGCCGGUCAGCCAGCCUGGGCCAUCCACUUCUUCGGCAUCUGCCCCAGAUCCCAGUCAGCAGCCGUUGGGACCUACCACCUUCGCGCGAGCCCUGAACCCAGCUCUCAGCCGCUCCUCCUCGCAACUCGAAAUGUCGGAACGAAUCCAGAAUGCCGCAACGGAAAGGUGGGAAGAGGAUGAACCGCUGGGAGAUAAGGCUACAAAGGCUGCCGUUCUCUAUGUCAAUAUCAACUUCCCGAACCUGAAGGCCAAGUAUCCGGAGUGGAAUGAUCGCGUCAAGUAUAUACAGAAGCAAUGGCGGAUCCUGAGCAGCGAGGAGCGCAAGAAGUACGUCGAGAUGGCCAGGGAAAAUAGGCAGCAGCGCGGAAAGGUACCCCGCCAGAAGCGCGUGCAAUCCACAAAUUCGACAAAUUCGACCUCGCUGGAUAGUCCGACCCUUUCCACCCCUCCAUUGGGCCACGGUUUCCCACCUCAAGCCCUCGGACCUCAAGGCUUCCACCCAAUGGCCCCAGGCCAAAUGAUGCCGGAAGGAAUGGCUCCGCCCCCUGGCCCUCCAGUCCACCAUCCACGACCUCCCGUAUCUGGAGAAGUCGUGAGAGCUUAUGCCAUGCUGCGUGAUCUGGUGUAUCGUCAUGACGUCCAAAAGCACAGAAUUGGAGAGGAAUUGGCCAAUCUGGAACGUCAUCGGGAAGCCAUUGUCAAUAAGCGGGAGGAGCUGAUCGAGAUCCCGAUGCCGCAGAGACUUUCGAGUUUACCGGAAGAAGAGAGGGCACAGUAUGAACAGUUUGGGGAACGAAUCACUACCGUACAGCAAGACAAGGAAAAAGUGGAAGAAGAGCUUCAGAAGUCGAUCGGACAGCUAAAUGAAUUGGUGCAGAAGAGCGGAAUACCAAGGGAAAUCCUGAACCAAUAUGCCCAAGGGUCGGCACUGCAGGAGAAGCUGAUGGCUGGAAGACAGCUACCACCCGGCCACAUGGGCCACUUCGGGAUGCCGCCACCGGAAAUGGGGCCAGAGGGCCAACUCAUGCCUAGACCUCCACCAAGAUUCGUGCGUACCCCAUGGCUGGGUACAGGAAGGGGUCAAAUGCUUUACGAGAGGAUCGUCAGUCCGGAGGGGAGAGCCGUCUAUGAAUGUCUUGAUGAUAUGCUAUCCCAUGUAUCCAUUCAAAUUGACGGUCAUCCACAGCCGCACUUGUUGAAGCGUCUGCUCGAAAACCCCUCUACCGGCUCGGGCAUGGGCCCGCCGGGUAUGAUGAUUCCGGGAAGACCUGGACUUGUCCCCGGAGUCCCCCAUCAACCACUACCUCAUUUCCCGAACGCCGCUGCUGAUCUCGAGCCGCCCAAGCCGAAGAAGAAGCGCACCGGCAUCAAGAAAACGGGCUCCGUCGCCGGCAACAAUGAGUACGACUUGAUGCUCAAGCGAAUUGGUGCUCAUCUCCAGCACCAAGCCUUCCCAAGGCGGGCACUCGAAAGUGUACAGAGUCGCGGCAUGGGCCACCUGAUCGAGCCGGGACUUACGGAACUUCCGGAAAGACUGAAGGGCUCGGAGUCUUCGCUGGAGCAUAUCCGAAACCCGGCCAAGACCCCAGAUCCGCAUCCUUUGGAAGGAGAGAUCUUCGCCGAGACCAAGUUCCCGUUCACUGAUGAUAUCUUCGUGGCGGGGCCGCCAGGAUAUUAUCCACCGGCUAAUAGCAGUUUGGUGAUGGCUGCUGAUGUGGAGGCGUUACUG